AUGUGUGACGGCUCGAACCCGCUAAGCCAUCCCGCAAGCGGGAUGGCCCGCCACUCGAACGCUCGAACCCGCAAGCGGGCGUACACGAACCGCGAGCGGCUCGCACUCGUGACACGCAGGCGUCCGACUGACGGCGCCGGGGCUAGGCGACCGAAGAGGAACUACGGCAAGAGCCGCACACCACCCGCUGACGAGCGCUCGCGGAACUGGUCCGCGGCGCCCGCCAGGUACCUCAACCUCGCCGACACCAACUCGAGCCUGAAGGGCUUCCGUGGCGGCUUCGCCACUGACGCACACGCCUACUACGUGCCGUGGGACUACGGCGCGCGCAGCGGCUACGCGGCGUGCGUCUUGCUCUCCAUCUAA